CGGAGCGGGUUCGGACUAUUUGCAUACACGAGGACGCGCGUGCGUGUAACGUCACUCGGUCGAGACUAGUUACGUAAGAAUGAGAUUGGAGAAGGUUGGUUGUAUAGACACCAGAUGGCGGUAAGAGCGGGUGGCGGGUCGACUAGACGGAAGCGGGAGACGUGCCGCUAGUGCGAAAAAAAAAAAUAAACGCGCAUCGAUUGGGGAUGCGAAGUGACGUGUCGUAUGUUCCCGCACGUCGCCGUGAUCCACUUUCGCCCCUCUUGUUCCAUUUGCCAUCCCGUAGACAGGAAACAAUCGCCAACUCGGGGUCAGGUGAACAAACGGAACACCGGAUAGAAGUCGUCGGACAGGUUUUUGGCGAACCAGCCCCGGUUCACCACUCGUUACAGUCGGACUCGGACGCUUUUUGUGGUCAGGUGAUUCGCGGCGCACGGUCGGGGGAUGCACUUCCUGUGUCCACAAUAUGGAUCCGGCGUGACAAAAGACGUUUAAAUUAUAAAGACCACCCCGAGAUCUCGAACGGUAAUGCCGGAUUGCCAGGGGAAAUUGUCGGCACCGAUUACGUCUGGAAUUCCUAUUUAAAUAUAACAGCACUACGCUUUACGGAUACGGGAUAUAUCAGACUAAAAAAAUGGAAGCUUAUGGGGGAUCCACUAACAGUAGGAGAGUUUUUGGUUGGAAGAAAACGAAGCGAAAACAGCACAGACAACCGAUGGACAAGUAUGGAUCCGUUAGCAGUAUAUAUUCUUAUCGUUCUCCAUCUUAUUUAUAUGGAUCGGUAUCAUCCAGACAGUAUCCCUGGGAUACUUACGUUGACGUGCAAGAACCUAUUUAUGAAGACGUGAUGAUGGUUUCUGGUAACGAUAGUUGUACGUGCGAAAGCCCUAUUUAUGCCGAAUUAUAUGGACCAAAGAAAAAGAAGAAAAACGAAAACAUUAGUGAUAGAAGAACAAACAAAAAGUUUAUUAGGGCUUUAGAAACGCGCGAUCCAUUUAGUUCUAUAGCUUCUAGAAAAUCUAUCUUAGAAUGUGAUGUGACUGCUUAUGACUUAGUGACAAAUUACCUCAAAUCGAAAGGUCCUUUAGACAGCGAUCUCGACGAUAACUUAAGUGAUAAUGCCGUAGAAGAGAGUGGAGAAAAUACUGUUACUUCACCUCCGGGUUCUACAAUUUCCGAAUCCGAAAGUGGUAUAUAUUCGCAUAUUCGUUUAGCUGGGUAUGGUGUAAGAAUAGGAACGAGUUCGGACAGCACGUCGUCUACUCAGUGCAGCAUAGCCUCCGACGACGGUAUUUAUUCGUUGCCGGAACCCGACUACGACGAUAGCGACGAAGACAUUCCUAGAUUUAAAGAUUUAAAAAUUACAAGUUCUCCACUUCUCGUUCGAAAGCGGUUAUCGGAAAAAUUACAUCAACCGACAAUGAGAGCAGAAGUCGAAGAAACUAAAUCGACGGCUAAAAUCACGGUUCAACCCGUUUCCAAUAAGAUAGAAAACGAAAAAUCCACGCCUACUGUUGCCGUCAGGAUUCGAAAUUCCCCUAAAUCUCUAUCGGAAGUGAAAUCCAUCCUUAAGAAAACUGAUAACGUUUCCGAAAUUUACGUCAAUAGAUUACAGUUUCCUAUCGUUUCCGAUAAAGAAUGCAGGAAAAAGAAACACGUCCACUUCAAAUCUUCGUCCAGAGAAAGUCUCAAUUAUAACGAAGAUACGGAUAAUGUAACCGUAACAGAAAUUAAAAACGAAAAGAGUAAUAGUCAGCAUCACGAUAACAAUGGCUUUCAAACUGUAGAAGACUAUUUACAGACGAACAAACGCAGUGAUUUUAGUGAACUUAACGGUUUCAGGACUAUCACGCCGGCACCUAAAAAUCAUUUGACUGUACAGUGCAUCAACGACACGGAGUUUCUAAGAAACGCCAAAGAAAAAACUAGUGAAUUGGUAGUCGGUGAUUAUCACGUGUCUAAUGAAAUCCGUAUCAAUAAUAAUAAUACUCAAAGUAACUUAAAUUCCAAGCCCAAUCAACAAGCGAAUGUAAUAUGUAUUCAAAAUGGUAAUGAAUCGGUCCAUUCAAAAAACGGAAACUUUUCCCCCACCGUCAAUACAGAUGUGUGGGGGACUUUCUCAAAAAACCAGGAUAAAAAUGAAUCUCAGAAUAUUUCUGUUAAUCUAGAACCUGUUGAGAAACAAAACAAAUUGCAACCUAUGGAUAAAAAAGAAAACAAAAGUAAUGGAAUACAAAAUAAUGAAGUAGUUAUCAUACCUUGUGAAGUUCAGGUGACUACUUCUGAAUCAGAAAAUAUUCAAUGUGAACAAUUUAGCAAUGUUAUAAAAAUUCAGAAUGAUCCAAACAAUAUUAAAAUUUUAAUGAGUAAUGAUGAUUGCUCAAUGGAAAGUAAAUCUGCAGAACAAAAAACUGAAAUUUAUGUAUCACAUCAUAACACCGUAGAUGUUUGUUCAAAUAAUUCAGAAAAUGAAGAAUGUUUACAAAUGGAUAUUCAAGAAGAAAAGGCUAAAAAUCAUCAUACUGAAGAAUAUAAAAUAGUACUAAACACAGCUGAAGGUGAAUUAGAUGAGAAAUCUGAUCUUAGUAAACAAUGUUUACUUAAAGAAUCAAUCUCCAGUUCAUCUUUUCAUUCCAACACAAAUAUAAGUAAAAUUCCUGAUUUAAAUUAUCAUGAAGACAAUGUGCCGAAUGAUAUAAAUGAUUCAUCCCAGAAAGUAGUGCCAGAAAAUGAGCAAGUUCCAGAGGAUGCAAAUACUAAUUCAGCAAAAACAACAGGGUUAUAUAACAUAGAAAAUUUGCAACACAAAUCAUUUUUUGAAGGAGCCUCUAAAACAGAAAUUCUAAGUUAUUUAGAAGAUGCCAAAUCUAGAGGCGUUGAUGAUUUAACAGAAGAAGAUAUUCAAAGUCUAAUAGAUAUAGAUACAUCUUCCAUAUUAUCAACAACAAAACAAGCAUCUCCUAUUGAAGAAGUUGUCCAAAGUACAAUUAACAUUUCUAAAGAUACUUCUGAUGAUAAUGAACCAUUAACUACUGCAGAUAUUGAAAGAAAUGAUAGUGGUGUAGGUACAGAAACAAGUAAGCCUCCAAGACUUAGAAGAUUGAUACUUCCAGGCUCUGAAGAAGUUUCUUGUGCUGACUGUGAUCUGCCUAUUGAUUCAUCAACAGAUAAUCAACUAAAUGGGCAUUUUUAUCCUCUUGUGUGUAAGAAAUGUGAAAAGAAACGUUCUGAAAGAAAAGAAAUUAUUGCAGAAAUUGUUGAAACAGAAUUUAAAUAUGGUCACGAUUUAAAAGUCAUAAAAGAGGAAUUUUAUUGUCCAAUGGAAGUUGCGGGGUUACUGACAAAAGUACAACUUCGGAGCAUAUUCCUUAAUUUGGAGGAAUUAAUGAGAGUAAAUGUGAAGUUUGCUGAGAAAUUAAAGGAUGCUUUAGAUAUUGCAGUUGAACAAGGUGAUGAAGAUUAUACCAAUGUAAAUAUUGGUAAAUUGUUUUUGGAAUCUUCUUCAAUGGUACAUGCAUUUGAAACAUAUUGUAUUCGACAGGGAGCUGCAUCCAUGUUGCUAGCCAAUUUAGAAAAAGAAAAAGAAUUAUUGCGGAUAUUUUUAAGAGUUUCACAGAUGGAAAAUACCUUAUUACGCAGAAUGAAUUUGCCAGCAUUUUUAAUGGUACCUGUACAGAGGGUCACAAAAUAUCCAUUAUUGCUCAAUCGUUUAUAUAAAGUAACUCCUUAUCAUCAUCAAGACAGGGAAUCUUUAAAAGAAGCACAACAAAAAAUUGAAUUUCAUUUAGAACACAUUAAUCAGCAAACGAAAGGAACUGGAUGUACGAAAAUCUGGCGACGAUUUUCUAAUAUAUCCGUUGCUGCACAUAGGAGGAUUACAAAUGGCAUCGAUAUAGGAAAUUUUAAACUGAGAAAGUUGGCUCUCGAAGUGUUGAGAUGGAAUAGAGAAGAAGUGAGGUUUGUUAUGGCAGGAAAAUUAAUGUAUGCCCAAGUUUCUGAUUACCCCUGGAUGAAGAAGAACAGGAAACUGAAAUAUACUUUGGUCCACGCAUUGUUAGCGACUCUGGGAAAACCAAAUUCGAAUUACAGGCCCGAACUGGCUUCAGAAGGUACAGUUCUUUUCCCAAAGAAUACCGGUAUAAGAGAUGCAACGCUGUUGCUGAUGAAGGAAAAAAAUGGAAGAUUCGUUCCUAUUAGAGAGCCACUUCAUUUAAGUAAUUGUGUCAUUACUAAUGGUAUUCAGAAUGGUGAUCAUUUUGAAGUUCAAGAAUAUUGUACAAAAGAAUCGUUUAAUUUUAAGGCAGAAACAACUUCAGAUACAAGAGAAUGGUUAAAACAACUGAGGUAUCACGCAAAGGAUCUGGGAACUUGGAGAAGACGCCGAAAUGCAUUAGCUAACAUUAUGAUUAAUGGAAUGACACGUUCAUAAAUACACUCUUGCUUGUUCCUUAAAAAAUAAGAUAAAGUACUAUUAACAAAAUAAAAAAAAUUGAUGGCAUUAUACAGCAUUAUAGCUGCUGGAAAGCUAUAAUUUGUAGAUAUUUAUAAAUUGGAUUUGUACAGUAACAUGUAAACUUAACUUUGUAAGUAUUUUAUUGAAUGUAAACAAUGCCAAUCUGCUAAAUGACUGCAGAUAUUUUAGUAUCUAGUCUAGUUCAAGAAAUUUACUGCAUUUGAAAAAAUUUUUUGUAUUUUUAUAUAUAAAGAAUUCUUUAGAAUAAAAUGUUAUUUAUGUCACAAAGUUGUAAUUAUAAAUAUAAGAUAAUUUUGCAGUGAAAUUAGAAUAUAAUCAAAAAAAAUUAAGUAUAUGGUAUUCAUUUUAUAACUGUAUAUUGACUGCACAAAUAGCAACAGAUUUUUGUUAAUACAUACAAUUCGCA